ACAUCGCUAACUGUGUCGCUAACGAGAUUUGCGUGCAUGCGAGCGUGCGCGUUCUCAAUUGUUGAUUGAUCUGGGAGAGUCAGGUAAGAAAAGUCCCCCUUUUUCGUCACAGACAUGAGCAAAAUUAAUUUCUCAAAUACACUUGACCUUAUCAUUUGAUUAUCAGUGAAAGUGUUAUUAACGUCUGAUAUUUUCUUCAUCGGUGAUGACAAUGCAAAGGUAAGCAUAUUUCUAUCACUAAUUUUAAACGUCAGCUAGGUAAUAAUUGUUUUCAAGAAACAUACGAGCAAGUUGAAUCAACAGUGCGUAUGUUUAUCAUCAGUGGGUGAAAAUAACAUAUACAAUUCACGUUUAGGAAAGUAUGCCGCUUUUAUGAGACAUUGGUUGUAUAGGUAAACCGUGAAUAAUCAUAUCCAUCUUGUGUGGCUUAGUUAGUACAUGUAAUUAGAUAUGUGAGUCUUCUUAGAAAAUUCUACUGUUUGGAAACUAUGAAGGAGUGGAUCCCGUUUUUCGUUAACCUACAGGUGGGCUAAGUAUUAAGAUCGCACGGGUAGUGUAAAGGGCCUAUUAAACAGACUAUUUGAUGUGUUCGGGUACGCAGAUUAAUGCUCUUUACACCCAUGUGUUCGUAACAAUCCCAAAGUGGCAUUUAAACAAAUCGAAAAUCGGCAGCUGUGUCGAAACAAGGCACCCGUUAUCAUGCGUUCCUUUGUUGUGUCCUGGCCUUGGAAAAGGUACGGACUGUGUGCGUCGGAACUAUAUUUUCCCUUUUUCGUGGUUAAACGUCAAAUCAAUUCAGGUGUUAUUUAAUAAGUAGUCAUCAAGCUCCGACAUUUGGAAUUUUAGUGUGUAUCAUUGGUCAUUAUUAAAGCGAAGAUUUAGCUGCAGAUGAAACUUUGCCUUUGUGUGGGAUGUCCCCGCAUAGCAUGUCUGGUGUUGCUAUCUUUAAGAAUCAAUUUGUAACAGAGAAGUGAAGGAUUUGACCUGUUACGGCGGAGGUGGCUUGCUUUGUUUACUAUUUACUGUACGACUACGAGUUGUUGAUUUCCUAAAAGGAUAUGUUAAAUACCACUGUGUUAAAAAAGUAACAGCAAAUACACAUGGUAAUUUGGGUUUUGGACUUUGGAUAUUUCUUAUGCAGGUAUGAUAUUUAUAUAUUCACGUGAACUUUUCAAUUUUAAGUUCCAAUAUCUCCUAUGGUAAAAUCUUGAUUCACACAGACACAUGUACAUUUUCUGUUGCAAGUGGUGCCCGAACGCUCGCGGCAGAUUUUGUGCUCAUAUAGCUUGUCUGAAUUAAUCAUCAUGUUUAUUACUACGUUUGUAAAUGCUGGUCAAGAGGAAGCAUCAAUUGGAAAAAAAAUAUUCCCCUGUCAAAGUGUCUCUGUAUGGUACAAAACGGAAGUGUGUAAAUUGUUUAGUACAGGAAAUUUAUUCUUUUCUUAGGUGUUAUUUUAAAUAACUUAUUUAUAUCAGUAAGUUACGUAGGUAUAUUUCUAUGAAACCAGAAUAUGGUUGAAAGUCAUUCUAGCUAGAUAGUAUAGUGAGAAUUUUUCUUCUCUGUCUAAACGCUGUGUAUUUUAACUUCUGAGCGAAACAAAUGGCAUGUCAAGCGGUGAUUGGCGAGCUCAUGUUAUCAACAUGUGCGUCUCGUUAGGAACUCGCUAGAUUAUGACCAGUUAUUAAACGCUGUGUACAUCGCUGAAUAGACGCCGCUUUUCCUUUUAACUCGUUAUAAUACAUCUUUGUUUCACAUGUCGUUUAGUAUUAAUACGAUGUGAAUAGUACUAAUCAAGUGGGCAGUGACUUAUAUGUAAACAUUGUGAUACAUAUACGUGGUAUUGAUUUCAGGGGAAACAAGAAUCCAAUGAUAGGGUCUGUAUAUGUAUACUUUUUCUUUCUUCAGUUUGAUGAUAGGUGCUAGUAAUUCACUUUGACCCUAGGACGCUGUACUGGAACAUUAGUAGUGUUACCACGAAGAGUUUUCUAGGAGGUUACUUAUAGGACAAAGGAUUAUAUUGCAGUGACAGUUGGAAGCAGACGUCUCGUUUAGUCAAGGCUCGCGUAUCACUCACAAAGAAGCUUGUAUAUUUCAUCUGAACAAUAAUAAGUGAUGGAAUAAUGCCAUGACCAUGAAGUUAAAUCCUGAACAUGUUGGUGUCAAGAGGAAAUGUGUGGACGAUUUAGAAGGACGUCCGGUGAAGAGAAUCUCUCCAUUCCAUAAUACCCCUAAGGAACGCAAAGAUGAAAGAAGGAAAAUUCUGAAAAUGUCUAUACAAAAACUUCGACAAAUGGAGGACCCAGAAUACUUUCUUACCCGGUCAGUGUUGAUAAACAACACACUUAAAAAGCUUCAAGAAGAAAUUCGUGAGGAAAAACAGUAUCAAGGUUACAAAAAUUGCAUAUACAAAUUGCGUCCUAGUUAUGGUUAUGAUGUGCUCAAUAACAGUUAUCUAGCAUCACCGGAAUCUGAUUUUGAAGAUCCGUUUUCUCUUCCGGAUGAUUCUGACAAAAUGAUCACGGACCAACUGACUCAAAGGUUAGUGAAUGAAGGACGCGAAGAUCAAACGGACUCCCCGCGGGCGGAUCCCGUGGAAGGCGUGUCGGACUGUGUUCUACUGGAAUCUAACCCAUUCUGUGUGGAUCAAAAUGAGACACUUAGUGACGUUGACACUUUGUCUGAAAGUUCUUCGGAGGAAAAUUCCUGCAGUGAAAGACAAAUAUGCUCAGACAUGGACGUUUUAAAUAAUUUGAUUCAUGCAUUAGAAGAGACGUAGUGAAUUUCAAACGGAUAAAAAACCUUUGUGAAAAUAUUUCGAAAAUUUGUGUGUAAAGCAGCUCGCGACCAUUGUUUAUGAUUUUGAGAGAAAACAUGCCCGCUUCGUAAUAUAUUCAUUUCAUGGAAUGGUAUUCAAUAUUAAAUUUAUUUAUAUGCAA